CGUCCUCUCGUGUGGUGGGGCACUGGGAGGGUUGGAGACGUGCUUUGCAUUGGCAGGCUGGUGAGGACACGUGUCUUCUCAUCAUCCUCCUCCUCCUCCUCUUCCUCCUCUCCCCCCUCUGGGCGCCACGGUACCGCAUAGGCAUCAGUAAAGGCACCUGAAAACCUUCAGCCUGCUCCAGGAAACGCUGCCUUCCACCUUAUAACCCAAAAGAAAGCGAUAUCAUAGGCCUUUCUGGAACCUGUGGCUGCCGCUUUGUCGUGCGUAAAGCUUUUGCGCACGCGGGCUGAACUGAGGUGCGCUACUCGUCUUGAACCAGAGCGCGGUGCCAGGAUGCACAAACUGAGCAGCGACGUCUGAAGGUGACAUGAACCUGAGGAUAAGCGAGAGCAGCAGGCGAGCACUGAACCAGGAGCGGAGAUAGCAACUGACAACGAUCGGUGUCUUCAAACAAAACUUGCGCCUUUUUUUCCCUCUCGUGGCUUUGUCUAAUGUAGAGAAUCAAGAGCUGCAACUUAAAGUAGCCUCACAUUUUGUUCUGACUGAAGGAGAAAAACACUAAUUAAGCUGCGGACAGUUGAGACUCAAGAGAGGAGCGAAAAAUGGCGACUUUAAUCAGAGGCAAGCUUUCCAAUAAACUGUCAAAUGCAGCCACGGCUGUGUCCAACAAAUCCCAGGCGAAGGUGAGCGGCAUGUUCGCCAGGAUGGGCUUCCAGGCCGCCACCGACGACGAGGGUCUUGGCUUUGCCGCCUGCGAUGACUUGGACUACGACCACAGACAAGGUAUGCAGAUGGACAUCCUGUCAUCUGAUGAGAUGGGAGGAGAGGCGAGCGGGGACGGCAGUGCGCUGGAGGGAGACAGCCACUACCAGAGGGAUGGAACCGGGCCACCGCACUCCGGCUCAAAGGACGGGGGUCCGAACAACGAGUUGACUGAAGUCAGACCAAGAAUUACCGCUUGGGAGGCGGGCUGGAACGUCACGAAUGCAAUCCAGGGGAUGUUUGUCCUCGGGUUGCCCUACGCCAUCCUGCACGGAGGAUACCUCGGACUCUUUCUGAUUAUCUUUGCCGCCGUGGUGUGCUGCUACACGGGCAAAAUCCUCAUUGCCUGUCUGUACGAGGAGGACGAAGACGGGCAGCUGGUCCGUGUGAGGGACUCCUAUGUGGACAUUGCGAACGCCUGCUGCGCCCCCCGGUUCCCCUCUUUAGGAGGCCACGUCGUGAAUGUAGCCCAAAUCAUAGAGUUGGUGAUGACGUGCAUCCUGUACGUGGUGGUCAGCGGUAACCUCAUGUACAACAGCUUCCCCAACAUGCCGAUUUCCCAGAAGUCAUGGGCCAUCAUCGCCACCGUCGCCCUCCUGCCGUGCGCCUUCCUCAAAAACCUGAAAGCCGUGUCCAAGUUCAGCCUGCUGUGCACGAUGGCCCACUUUGUCAUCAACGUCCUGGUGAUCGCCUACUGCCUCUCUCGAGCGCGGGACUGGGCCUGGGACAAGGUCAAGUUUUACAUCGACGUCAAGAAGUUCCCCAUCUCCAUUGGGAUUAUCGUGUUCAGCUACACGUCGCAGAUCUUCCUGCCGUCGCUGGAGGGGAACAUGCAGAAACCCAGCGAGUUCAGCUGCAUGAUGAAGUGGACUCACAUCGCUGCCUGUAUCCUCAAAGGCCUCUUCGCCCUGGUGGCCUACCUGACCUGGGCUGACGAAACCAAGGAGGUCAUCACCGACAACCUGCCCUCAACCAUCCGAGCCGUUGUCAACCUCUUUCUGGUGGCCAAAGCUUUGCUGUCCUAUCCGUUGCCGUUUUUCGCCGCCGUUGAGGUGUUAGAGAAAUCGUUUUUCCAGGACGGGGGACGCUCGUACUUUCCAAAUUGCUACGAUGCCGAUGGACGCCUAAAAUCCUGGGGACUGACUCUCCGCUGUGUCCUUGUAGUGUUCACCUUGCUCAUGGCCAUCUAUGUGCCACACUUCGCCCUCCUCAUGGGCCUCACCGGGAGCCUGACGGGCGCAGGCCUUUGCUUUCUGCUGCCUAGUAUCUUCCACCUCAAGCUUCUAUGGAGAAAGCUGCAGUGGCACCAGGUUUUCUUUGACGUCUCCAUCUUUGUUAUAGGAGGUAUAUGCAGCAUAUCUGGUUUCAUCCACUCCAUGGAGGGGCUCAUAGAGGCUUUCAAAUAUAACAUACACGAGUAGAUUGCAAGUCAUUGCUGGAACUAUAUGUUAAACUGCAAACCC